UAAUUCAACAAUUUUCAGAGAAAUAUUGGACGAGACUUUGUGAGACUGCGCCACUAUUUGGUUGGCGUCCACCACCAUUUGCGCGCUCUUUUACACUAACGUUUGUUGGAAAGGCGAGCGAGCUUAGCGUUCUUCUUGUGUGAUUAAAAAACAGACAAUGCCUAAAAGGAAAGUCGCAGCCGCUGCCCCAGCAACUGAUUCUGCUGCAGAUGCAGAGCCUGUAGCUGAUGCUGAAGCUCCUGCCCCUGAGUCCCCAAAGAAGACCAAAGAAUCUCCUGCUAAGGAAAAACCCAAACAGAAAGAAGCUGAAGAGAAACCUAAAUCAGCCAGAGGUAGAGGUAGACCCAAAGGUUCCACUGGAAGCAAAGAUUCAACCGCUAAAAAGCCCAAGGUCCCAGGACGUGGUCGUGGAAGGCCCAAGGGAGCAUCAAAGAAAAAAGAAGAAGAGUCCUAAAAAGAAGUGAGCAUGGGAGCUCUUCUAAUUGGCAGCUUCAAGAAGGAACCCUGGGAUACAACAAAAUGAGAGACAAUUUCAAGACUAUUUUUAACCUGGAAUAUGUUUGUGUAGCUAAGUAUUGUGCUGGCCUGUUGUAACUUUCUUGUAAGUGCAUUUUUUUACUGUCAAUACUAUUGUUAAGUGCCAUGGAAUGUGAAGACGUGCUGCAUUUAUUUAGUUUGAUUCCAUGGAAACAUAUGUGCACAAGGUAAAUCAAUUAGAUAUUUAACAAGAUAUGAAUAGAAUUUUUAAUGUUUUUUUUUUUUAUACAUCUACUAGGCUUAAAAUAGAAGCCUUUUUUUUUUUAUUAUUACAUAAUCAACUUUCAUUUUAGGACAUUUUCAUACGUAAGAUUGCUAUAUGCCCUGAGAUUUUUAUUUGCGCCAUUUUUCUAUUUAAAAAAACACGUUUGUGUGCAUGUUUCAAUUGACCUCUCGUAUAAGAUCCAGUCCCUUUUUGUUUCUGCUGUUGAUGCAUUGUUUACACCAGUCAUUAUCAUAUUUGUUGUAUUUUUUUCCUUUAGAUAGUAAUCUCAAUGUCUCCAUUGAUUUUUCUCUCAUUGUAUUAUAGUCAUUGUUUGCAUCAUGUAUUUCCUGUAGUUUUGUUUUUAGGCUUGUUCACACUGCCAGCCUGAUAUUGGUAUAGUUUAUAUCAUCAUCCAUGUAGGGGGAAUUUUCUUUACCUGUUAUCUAAAUGCUGGAAUUGGAGAGUUGCAUUUUUAAACAUUUUAAGAGAAACUUAGGGCAUGUUGUCUUGUAUUUUUUUUUUUUUUUUUUUUUUUUACCAUU